UCAACUAUAAUUCUCUAAUCAAAGAAUCCUUCUUCAGCCUCUCUCUCUACAGGAGAAUUCCAGAAGCGUUUUUGUGGAAACCGCAAAAGGCCCACACGCCCUCAUAACUUUCCAAAAAUACUCCUCCAUUCACACCCACCAAAAAACUCGGUUUGAUGCCCAUUGUCAAACCCUUUGGGGUUAACCCCCCGUCCCGAUUCCCACUUUUUCUAUUCCUUUGACUUUAAACAACCAGCGUCCAAUUCCAAUUGCACUUGCAGUUUCUCAACGUUUGUGUUCUUUCCUAUUGUUUACAUGUUUUUUUCCCGUCAUAGAGACAAUCAAUCAGUUUAUUCAGUCUCCUUUCUCAAUUUGGAACGGUUCUUGGUUUGGUGAAUCCUUGUUUGGAUUGAAACAAGUAAAGGGUACGGCUGAGAAAACUUCUCUUGGGCUGAUUUGGGUACUUACCUGAUCUGGGUUUUCAAUUUUGAACGGUUCCUGGUUUGGUAGACCAUUGUUGGGAUUGAAAGAAGUGAAGGGUACGGCUGAGAAAACUUGUUUUGGGUACUUAUGUGAUCUGGGGGUUUUCAGCUUCCACCAUUUCUGCUGAUUCUUGAAUAUGUUUUAGGUAAAAGCUUCCUUGAUCAUGCACAAAUAACAGUUUGCAUGAUGGGAUGGCUUAACAAAAUUUUCAAGGGCUCAAGGCCUAAAGUUUCAGAAAGGCAACAUCACCGAAAUGGCAGACAGGGAGAACAGACAGUCGGGGGCUCAAGCCAUAAAGAACCAGAAAGGCAACAUCACCGAAAUGGCAGACAGGGAGAACAGACAGUAGGGAAUGAACCUUUGACUUCCAGGGAUGAGUGGUCUGAGAUUGAAGAUAUAGAUCAUGCUAUUGCUCUGUCCCUUUCAGAAGACGAUCAUAAAAGGAGAACCGUCAUUGAUAAUGAAUCCCAAUUGAAAGAGGACGAACAACUUGCCAAAGCUAUACAAGAUAGCUGGAAUGUUGCAUCUCCAACCCGUUAUGGAAAUGGAAACCUACAUCGAUCCAUACCUUCCCCGUACUCAACAGGGUUCAGGAUAUGCGCUGGUUGUAACACAGAGAUUGGUUAUGGAAGACCUUUGAAUUGUAUGGGUGCGUUCUGGCAUCCAGAAUGUUUCAGAUGCCGUGCCUGCAACGAACCAAUACGUGAUCUUGAGUUUUCUAUGUCUGGGGGUCUUGCUUAUCACCAGUCUUGCUACAAGGAGCACCAUCACCCAAAAUGUGAGGUUUGCCAACAAUUUAUUCCAACAAACGCUGCCGGUCUUAUUGAAUAUAAGUCACAUCCUUUCUGGGUCCAGAAAUACUGCCCCUCUCAUGAGCGUGAUGGGACUCCUAGGUGCUGUAGCUGUGAGCGUUUGGAGCCAAGGGAUACACAAUAUCCUGCCCUUGACGAUGGUCGCAAGCUGUGCCUUGAGUGUCUGGAUUCUGCUAUCAUGGAUACUAAUGAGUGUCAACCCCUUUAUCUUGACAUCCAAGUUUUUUAUGAAGGGUUGAACAUGAGAGUGGAGCAGCAGGUUCCAUUGCUCUUGGUAGAGAGGCAAGCACUCAAUGUAGCCAUGGAUGGGGAGAAGAGGGGUCAUCACCACAUGCCCGAGACCAGAGGGCUCUGCCUUUCGGAAGAACAAACUGUCAGCACUAUAUUAAGGCGUGGAGGGAAACGAGCUAUGGGCAUGAGAACAGAGCCAUAUAAACUUACCCGUCGUUGUGAGGUGACUGCGAUUCUAAUUUUGUAUGGCCUUCCUAGGUUGCUGACUGGAUCAAUAUUGGCUCAUGAGAUGAUGCACGCAUGGCUUCGAAUUAAAGGAUACCGAACCUUAAAUCAAGAUGUUGAAGAGGGUAUUUGUCAAGUUCUUGCUCACAUGUGGUUAGACUCCCAGAUUCUGUCCAUGUCCGGUAGCAAUGCUGCUUCAACCUCCUCCUCCUCGUCAUUAGAUGGGUCAAGAUCUCCACUUGAGAGGAAACUUGGGGAUUUCUUCAAGCACCAGAUUGAAUCGGAUACAUCUCUUGUGUAUGGAAACGGAUACAGAGCCGGUAAACAAGCAAUCCUCAAAUAUGGCCUUACGAAUACCCUUGAACAUAUUAGGUUGACAGGGUUUUUCCCUUGUUAGAAAGUACAGAUCCUGAAUUUUAUUGGGAAUUUGUGACUGAUUUUUUAGAGUGAAGAAGUCUGGCCUCUUCACAAUAGGGAUAUAGAAAAGUUCAGAUAUAUAGAUAGCAGUGAGGGAAGUUUUGAUUCUUAUACCUGUAUACCUUUUUUGUAGAUCUAGUCUUUUUUGUACAUUGACAGAGAAUUAAUAAAAGACAUUGACAGAGAAUUAAUAAAAGUAGAACUAUUUUU